AUGUCGUCUUCUAUUACCAUCCCGAGUAGAACUGCAUAUGGGGAAAGCAGUAAGGCUGGCUCGGUAUCGUCUUAUUCGAGCUCACCACAAACACCACAAUCCUCCACAGAAAGAACAAAUGCGACACCUCCUGGCUCGUCAUCAUCGGUCUCCAAGCACGGUCAUGAUCGAAGGCCAAGUUUAUUAAGCUCGUCUCUCUCUAAGCAAGAACACACCGUUAUCAACAUUGGAGAUCCGGAUGGAGUGCCACGUUUGAUUACCUGCGUUAGGUCAUCUCAAGGCUUUGACUGGAAUCCAGAGAUCUUCCUUCCCUCCUACGUCGAAUGCGACUUCGAAUCCCUCGAACGAAAGCGUGAUCCUGUACAUGAAAUUACACUUAGCGACGAGGAGAUAAAAAAGAUGUUCCCGCAGUAA